AUGCUCUUGAUGGAACUUGAACACACGCAUUUGGACGACCGACGGGUACGGCAAGAAGAGCAGGCCGCUGUUGUUAUUCAGGUAAAAAAUUUUAAAAAAUUUUUUUAAAAAGUUUUGUUUAUUUAAUAAAAAAUUUCAAAUUUUGUAUUUUUUUAGUUAAAAAGGUUCAAAAAAAGUCUUGUCGCCAUUGCUCAGCGUUUUUUAGAAGAAAAAACGACAAGACUUUUUUGGGUAAUAAAAUUUAAGAAAAUUAAUUUUAAAAAGAUAAAAAAUACAAAUAAAAUUUUUUUUUGUAAAAUACGUUUUUCCCUUUUUCCCUUAUUUUUUCUUUUUUAACAUGUCAUAUUGGGUUGUUCAAAUAACUAUGAGCCUUCUUACUCCAACAAUUUACUAUGAGAUGGGCACAAAAUUAUUUGAAUAACCUUAUAUUAACCUCAACUGUUAUAUUAACUUAGAUUUUUUUAUAAUUUAAAGAAAACUUUUGAUUUUUUUUCAUUUUUUGUUCGAUUUAGCGGUUUUAUCGUACUCAACGGGGCCUCCGUCAACAAAAGCUUGAACAUGCGGCCAUUGUGCUUCAAGUAAGUUGUAACUUAUUUAAAAAAAAGUCAUUUUUAGUUUGAAAUUUUGGUUUGGUUUUGGAUUGAAAAAUAUUAUUUUUUGAUUUUUUUUUGUUUUUUAAGUUCAAAAAGUGAAAAUUAAAGAAAAAAAUUCAAAUUUAAAAAAAAAUUUUUAAAACCUUGAAAUUUUAAAAUUAGUUUAAGGGGCUAGGCCCAGGGCUCUAAAAUAGGUCUAUAGGCAAAAGCUAGAUAAAAGCUAGAGCUAGGACCAGAGCCAAGGCAAGCGCUAGGGCUUGAGGUAUAAGCUAAGGCUCUAGGCUAAGGUUUCAAGAUAAAUCUUCUCAGGCCAGGGCCAAGGCAAGGGAUAGAUCCAGGGCCAUAAUCAGAGUGACGGCUAGGGCUCUUGGCUUUAGGUCUAGGCUAGGGCUCUUGGCUAGGACUCUGGGCUAGGGUUCUUGGCUUAAGCUCUGGGCUAGGGCUCUGGGUUAGGGUUCUGGGCUAAGUCUCAGGGCUAGGGCUCUGGACUAGGAUUCUGAGCUAGAGCUCUGGGCUAGGGCUAACGCUGUGGGUAGAGCUUUGAGCCAACUUCUCCUGUGAGCUAGGGCUAAAACUCAAAGCUAUACUAGUAAAGUAACAAGGCUUCUAUUUACUUUAAUUUUUCCAAAUCCCUUAUUUUCAGAGUCACAUUCGCCGUUUCCUGGCGAUGAGGCGCUACGAACGUAUGCGUCGUAUGUACAGUGCUGGUCGACCGAUCGACGAAGAAGAGUUGAGAGAAGGCGCUGAAGCUGAUCAACUGGAAGCUUUUGAACUUCUUCAUUCUGUCAUCGAGAAUCCUGGCCAAUUUGACAUAUCGGAGCGUGAUCAAAAGCUUCAGAACAUCUACAAGAGAAGCGAGGACCGUGCUGCUACGAAAAUUCAGGUAGGAAAUGGCAGUUAGAGCUUGAAAAAGGGAACUGGAAGAUCAAAAAUGGCAAAUAUAGUCAGAAAACGAGUAGUAAUAGAUUAGAAAUGGCAUAAGGUUACAGAACUUGACGUUAUUGAGCGUUCUCCAGUCAAAAAAUUGAAAAAAAAUUAUCAACUGGUCGAUUUUAAAAAAUUUUAAAACACUUUGAAAAAGUUUAAAAUCCACUUUAAAAGUGACAUAAAAUAGUAUCAAAAGGUCAAAAUUUUCACUUUUUUUUUAGAAACCGACCGCGGUCGAUAUCCUAAAGUCAAUUUGUUUGUUUAUUUUUUCGACAAAAAACUUUUUUUGCCAUUACUUUUUAAAUGGUUUCUCAAAAAUAGCUCAAAAUUGAUAUUUUGAGCUGGUUCUGCUUAUCGUUAUGGAUACAUAAACAUAUCACUUUCGUUUGCGUCAUACUUUGCUUUUUGCGUUGAACAGUUGUUUCGCCGGAAAAAAACUGUGAACAUCAAAAUUUUUGACAUUCUUGGAACAAAGGUUAACGGCCGACGUCACGGUCGAAAAAACAAUAAUUUUUGAUAUAACAGUGGCAGAGUAUAACGUAUAGUACAGUGCAUAUAAAUGUAGUAAAAAACAUUGCAUAUAGACUCUUGCAUUGCUGAUAGAGGGCCCGCUAGGCCCUGCCAAAACAUGAGGAACGGGCUCGUCCGGCUUUGGCCCAAAUUUAGAUGGGGCCGGGCCUGAGAAAAAUUUAGAUUGGAAAAUGCCUAGACCGUUCCUCAUGUUUAGACAGAGCAAAUUUUUAAGGAAAAAAUGGGGGCUUGGGGCCGGGGCUCGCACCAAGGUUCCAGGUGCUGAAUUAGGUCUUGCAACGAAAGUUUUAACUAGUGAAAAACGUAAAAUAAAUUUUGGGUUAAAGCUAUUAGCCUUAGCCUUAUAACAAUGAAAAAUUUAAAAAAUUUUUUUAAAGAUGUUAUAAAAAUUUUUGUCGUUUUUUACCACGCAGGCUAAUGUAAAUUGGCGACAAAACUUUUCCUGACAUAAUAAAAUCAUUAAAGUGCUAGGAGACUUUAAAAAGCGUUAUAAAAGUAUAAAAUACACUUCAAAAAAGACUUUUUUGUAAUUUACAUUGAUUUACUUACAGAGAUUCUACCGAAGCCAACGUCAACAAAAACUAGACAAAGCAGCUAUUGUAUUGCAGGUAUGUAUAAUAUGUUGUAAUAAAAAGUUGUCGUAAUUACAGUGAAGCUUAAAAAUGUAUAUUUUGGAACUAUUUUUCGUAUUUUUUAAAAAAGAGUAGGUUAUUUUAGGUAACAAAUAAAUAAAAAAAAUGAUUUCAGAGCCAUAUUCGGCGCUUUUUGGCUGUUCGUCGUUAUAAUCGAAUGAAAACUGCUCGACUGGAAGCUCCAAAACAGGUAUUUUAGUAAUUUUUAAUUUUUGAAAACUUAAAAUUUUAAAAGUUUAUAAAAUUUUUCUUGAAAUUUAAAUUUUUUUGAAAUUUACGAAAAUUUUAUUAACUUUUCACUUCCAGAACAUUGAAAUCCAAAUAACUGCCCCAACGGAAGAAGCUCAACCCCAGAACGAUCGUCUUUUUGACCGUGAAUCGACUCCAGAAGUCGAAGAAGCCGCCAAGAAGAUUCAACGAUUCUAUCGGUCGCAUCGACACCAUAUGCACAAAAGGCUCAACAACGCCGCCACCGUAAUCCAAAGCUACAUUCGUCGGUAUUUGGCUCAAAAACGAGUCCAAAGGAUGAAAAUGGACAUGAAUAUGGAACAAAAUGCCAUUUCAAACGGUGGAAAUUUGGAUUUUGAAGCGAAUUUGGACGACACAAAUCUGGAGAAAGCUGCCACGAAGAUUCAGGUGAGGUUUUGUUAAGGAAGGUCUAGGUUACUAUAGGUUUUAAAAGGUUCAAAAUCAAAAACCUGAAUCCGGCUCGAGGUGAGGCUGCGGUUAGAGCUGGGCUUGGGACUGACGCUGGACCUUGAACUGAAGCUGAAACUAGACUUGAGACUAAAACUGGAGCUGAGGUUGGGUCUCAGUCUGCGGCUGGGGCUAUAAACUAAGGCUAAGGCUAAGACUAAGACUAAGACUAAGACUAAGACUAAGACUAAGACUAAGGCUAAGACUAAGGCUAAGGCUAAGGCUAAAACUAAGGCUAAGGCUAAAACUAAGGCUAAGGCUAGCUUUUUAGAAUAAUUUUUUUGUUUUAGAGUGUCUGGCGAGGAUUCUCGACCCGCCGCAAGCUGAGCAACACAAAUCCGCCCUUCCAAGAGCAAGACUCGAAUGUGACAUUGCCACAAAUUCCAUUGUCAUAA